AUGAGGCUGCUUGUAUUCCUACUUCUUCCACUGCUCUCGCCCGUCUGGGGCUCCAUUGUGUGCCGUGACAGCGUGUUCGAUCGCUCCUCGCUCACUCACAGCUUCACCGAAGCUGCCUGUUCGGGCGCCAGCGUGGAAAAACGCUCGUCCUUUAGCUCCUCUAGCUCUCCUAGCUCUUCUUCAAUUCGAUCUCCGUUACUUACUCAGUUGCAGAUGCCCGCACCAAAACGGUCGCUGGCUUCCCCGGUGUUCCACAUGCUCAAUUGGUCCGUCAAUUAUGAAACAGGCGCCAAGGAUGCUGUUGGAAGUGAGUUCGUCGAGUCCAUAGAUGCCGUACUGCAGUACGCAAACACGCUGGUUUCUCGCGUCUUUUUCCUCAAUCAAACCAUCUCCAUACGCGUCACCGUACUCAACUCUUCAACUAUCCCGUCGACGAAACGCGACUCAACCUCAUACUCGACGUCUCUGUCUACGCCGGUCGCGUCUGCCCAGCCUGCACGCCUUCUUCCGUUGCUGGACGACGACGGACUCGUGCGCUAUUACCCACAGAGCGUCGUGAAACAGUUUUCCCUAAACACAAACGGUGCAGACGUCUCGUUUGCCGAGUACGAUGUCGAAAUGUACAUCUACCCGCACUCCAACCUGUACUACGACACCGGCGACAAUUCAACUACAAUCCAGUCAAACCAAGUAGACUUGCUACACGUAGUUUUGCACGAAUUGAUGCACGGCCUUGGUUUCCUUAGCAGCUGGUCCGAGUACAUGGGCUCUUCCUCCUCGGCCAUUACACCGACGCUUGUUGUUCAGUCGACGACGAGCGGCGGCAGCACGACGUAUCGUGUGGGCGGUGUUCUCGAGUACGAGUUUGAUCGGAACGUUCAUUUUGAGUCAGAAUUGUCGCAAGGCUCGAGCAACUUGACUCGGUCUAUGGAGGAAUAUGUGCAGUCAGACAGUGCUCCGACGGAGUCAAACGCCAACGACGUGUACACUGCACUAGCUUCGUCCGAAUUGACCCAGCUGGGCAACACGAUGCUGCAGUACGCAACGACACCAUACUCUCUCGGCAUGCACUCUGCCGGCGCAACAGCUUCCCAGCUCGCUGCCAACUCGUCGCACGUCUUCCUCCUGGAAACGAGUUUCAGCACUUUUGCGUGCGGAUCUUCGUUAAGUCACAUGGCCGCUGAUGUGUACGACGGGACGCCCGAUUUUCUCAUGCGCUAUGUCGUUACAGCAGGCAUCUCCAUGCAGGACAUGCUCGAACGCGCCUACAAAACCACGUCCGAACAUGGUGCUCGUGACCGCUACGGUCCGUUUGGACCCGCUCUUCGCGAGACUAUGAGAGGCAUGGGCUAUCGCAUAUUCGAGUACACCGAUUUGAACGAGGCCACCGCCAGCUCAUCCGCCGCCGUGUCCAUCCCAACCGUCACACCCAUUGCUCUCGUUAAUUCCUUAUCCACUUCAAACACUUACCAUUCCGUCACUCCCACUCCUACACUCACACUCUUUACCACCGUCACCACCGUCAUCGUCGAAAAACAGAACCGGGCCACUCUUUUCUCUGUGGACUCCGCUAACAAAACCACUUCCCGCGUUGUUUACUUUGCAUCCUCUGCCUCACCGUCUGCCUUCCUCCCCUCCCGCCGCACCUUGCUCACCAUGUCCCUCUCUACUACCAGCAUUCUUUUGAUCUGCAUUUUACGGCAUUGA